UGAAAACUUGAUUUAUUUGCCGUGGAAAAUCCUUCAUUGUCCUCGCUUGCGCUGUUUUGUGACUUGAAUUGAUUUUUCGUGCGUGCGUGACGAGCGGGCGCGUGUUGGAGGAAUGUCUGCACCGGCGGAAAUGGAGUGCGUGACGGUGAUUAGUGAUGAUUCAGAUGUUGAGGUGACUUUGAGUGAGAUAACAAUCACGAGAAUCCCGUCAAAACCGCGUCCCUUUGUCCCUGCUGAAACAACAGGGGGUGGUGAUGUGCAGGAGGUGCGCGAAGAGGUGGAUGGACGGCGCAUGAGCCGCCGGAAGAAGGCACGUGUGGAGUAUUUCGGUGAGGGUGCUUCGGGGAGCAAUGAGGGGAAAGGAGGGGAUGCACCAAAGAGACCCGAAGGGAAGUCAGAGCAGCGAACGCGCGGGAAGAGGGAGCGCAGUGUGAGCCCCUCGAAGGAUUCAGACAGCAAAGAUGCCAUUGAUGAUGAGCCUUCGUUCAAGGAUAUCCUCACGGGACUCGAGGGGGCUGCCUUCCAGUCACGCCUCCCCUUUGAGAAGAUGACUUCCGCCGAAGCAGCGUGCUUCCCGGUGAUCGCGAAGAAUGGCCUAAUUGCUCAGCGAGUUUUCCUGAACAUUCGCAACCGGCUGCUGCAGAUGUGGGUGGAGAACCCCAAAGUGCAGCUAACCUUUGAGGAUGCCCUCAAGAACAUUGAGCCACCCUUCAACAGCGAUCCUGGGCUGCUGAAGAACAUCCACGCCUUUCUGGAACGGCACGGGUUCAUCAAUUUCGGCAUCUUCAAGCGCCUCCGGCCCAUCCCAACGAAGAAACUCGCCAAAGUCAUUGUGAUCGGUGCAGGGAUUUCCGGGCUGGCAGCUGCGCAGCAAUUGCAGCAAUUUGGGAUGGAUGUCAUCGUCCUGGAGGCACGAGAUCGCGUCGGGGGGCGCAUUGCGACGUUCCGCAAGAACAACUAUCACGCCGAUUUGGGUGCAAUGGUCGUUACGGGCAUCUGGGGGAAUCCCAUUACAAUACUCAGCCGACAGACGGGCAUGGAGAUGGUGCCCAUUAAGCAGGCGUGCCCCCUCUACGGAGCUGGCGGGAAGCCCGUGCCCAAAGACAAGGACGACAUGGUGGAGAGAGAAUUCAAUCGUCUCCUCGAAUCCACCAGCUACCUCUCCCAUCAGCUGGACUUUAACUACGCUGGCAAUAAUCCCGUCUCCCUGGGGCAGGCACUUGAGUGGAUCAUUAAGCUUCAGGAGAAGCAUGUAAAGGAGAAGCAAGUGCAGCAUUUAAACUCGGUCAUAGCGCAACAACAGAAAUUAAUUGAUAAUCAGAAUAAGAUUGCUGAUCUAAUGGAUGAGAUUCGCAUGCUUAAGGCGAAGGCAAACUUCCUGCACGAGACACGUCCGCAGAGAACGGCUGACAAUGAGACGAAGUACAUUGAGCAUGAGUUCAGUGCUCGCCAGGCUGUGCGGGAGUGGAAUGUCGUGUGGAAGGAUGUUGAGCGCCUCAAUGCUGUGCAGGAGGAGAUGGAGGCGAAGCUGCGGGAAUUGGAGAUGAAUCCACCGAGUGAUGUUUACUUGUCGUCCAAGGACCGGCAGAUACUCGAUUGGCAUUUUGCAAAUCUCGAAUUUGCCAAUGCGACGCCCCUGAAUAAUUUGUCGCUGAAGCAUUGGGAUCAGGAUGAUGAUUUUGAGUUCAUUGGGAAUCACACAACGGUCAAGAAUGGCUACAGUUGUGCCCCAAUUGCCCUCACGGAGGCGCUGGAUAUUCGCGUGAAUACAGCCGUGAAGACGAUUAAGUACUUUCCGGGAGGUGUUGAGGUGACAGCUGAGAAUCUCAAGACAAACAAUUCCAGUGUUACGUACAAUGCGGAUCUUGUGUUGUGUACGCUUACGCUGGGCGUCCUGAAAGUUGCCAUCUCCCCGCUGUCGGCGAAUCAGGUGAAUGCGGUGCGUUUUGAGCCACCGCUGCCGGAUUGGAAGCAAGCAGCCAUACAGAGAUUGGGCUUUGGGAAUCUCAAUAAGGUUGUUUUGUGCUUCGAUCGUAUCUUCUGGGAUACAAAUACAAAUCUCUUUGGGCACGUUGGUAGCACCACCGCUAGCCGUGGGGAACUCUUCCUCUUCUGGAGUAUCUCACAGUCACCGGUGUUGCUGGCACUUGUUGCAGGGCAGAGUGCUGCCAUCAUGGAGAAUGUGUCGGACGAUGUUAUCGUGGGACGGUGCAUUGCGGUGCUCAAGGGGAUCUUUGGGAAUGCCGCAGUGCCCCAGCCACGGGAGACAGUUGUCACACGUUGGCGUGCCGACCCAUGGGCACGGGGCUCCUAUAGUUUUGUCUCCGUUGGCUCAUCCGGAAGUGAUUAUGAUCUCCUUGCGGCACCCGUUACGCCACCCACGGCGGAGGAUUCAAAAGAGAUGCCACGACUCUUCUUUGCGGGGGAACACACCAUCCGGAAUUAUCCAGCCACAGUGCAUGGGGCCUUCCUCAGUGGACUCCGGGAGGCAGGACGCAUUGCAGAUUACCUCCUUGGUUUCCCAAAUACCUACCCGGAGGAACCAAAGCAGGAGCCAGCAGCUGCCAAUUGAAUGAAUUUGACGGAAUUCCCGUAAAAGGGCUCGAAAAACCUAACCUCACUUUUGCCAUAAAAAGGAUUUUGAGCCCCUUCUUCGCAGGUCGGCGGCUCCUGGCAAUUUUCUUUCAUCAACAAUGCAUUUAAUAUCACAAAUAAAAAGCAGAUUGAAGUUUG